AUGGCCGAUAUAAUGAUUCUUGUCCAUCUCCUACAUCGUAUCCUAACAUCUGUGUUGCUCUAUAUAAAUGAUUUUAUAUCAGAGACCUUCCGAGAAGGCCCCAUCCCACGCCAUGUGGCCUUCAUCAUGGAUGGGAACCGCCGAUACGCAAGACAAAAUGAAGUGACCGUCGCUGAAGGCCACUCGGCUGACCAGUGCUUCGCGCUCGGUAUUGAGAUAGUCUCCCUUUACGCAUUCAGUCUCGAGAACUUCAAGCGACCCCAGGAGCAAGUCGAUACUUUAAUGCGACUUCUGGAAGGAUCCCUUCUACAAAUUCAUGGACCGAACACCUUCGUCGAAAAACACGAUGUUCAAAUCCGGGUCGUGGGAAGACUGGAAUUGCUGGAUGAGAAUGUUAUGAGCGCUAUUGCUAGAACUAUGGAGGCGACAAAGGACAAUAAAGGCAAGGUCUUGAAUAUCUGUAUUGCUUACACUUCCAGAGACGAAAUUGCUACUGCUAUCAGGGCGACCGUCUCCGCGUGUGGAUCCCCCGCGAAGAUCACGGAGAUUUCUUUGACAGAUAACAUGUUCAUGGAAGUUCCAGUGGACUUGAUGAUACGUACUUCGGGGGUGUAUCGGUUGAGUGACUUUAUGCUUUGGCAGUGUCAUCAGCAUACCCCCAUUGAGGUUGUUGAGAGGAACUGGCCGGAUUUUGGAAGAUUUGAUAUGGGGGUAGUCCUGUUGCGAUGGCAAAGACGGAGAAAUCAGGUGUUGGUUGAGUUCUGA